CUGAACAACACCAUUUCUUUGUCUCGACAAACCAUCGUCAACCUUGCGCUCCAGCCUCGACCGUCCGCCCACAACGCCCUCGGGACGAGGAGCUGCGUGUGGCUCUAGUUAUCAGUCAAUGCUAUAUUGUUUUUGUCCAGCUACCACUCCCUUCCUUGCAACUACGUAUACUGUGCCAUGCGCCCAAGCUCUCGACAAUCUAGCAGUGUCAGCCUUAGCCAGUGAUCAACACCACCAAACAUCAUCACAAAACAAAACUCUCGACUUUUAGCAAAGAUGUCUUCCAAACGCCACUCCAUCCUCCCCGCCGUCUCAGCAGGCCCUAAACCACCAGUCCACUUCUCCUCCUCCAUCACCAUCGCUGAAUCGGCCCUCCUCACCGGUACAAACCUCAUCACCAUCUCUUCCGAGUCCGUCAUCCAUCCCCGCGCCAAACUCGACUCUCUCGCCGGGCGCAUCACCAUUGGCCGUCGCUGUGUGGUUCACGAGCGCACCAUGAUCGGUGCCAUCGGAACAUCGGGCAAAGUAACCGAACAAGCCGUGACCCUCGGAGACUACGCGACGGUCGAAGUGGCCGCCUCCAUCGAAGCUGGUAAUACCAUCAUCGGGGAGGGAACCACAGUUGGAGUUGGCUCAAAAGUUGGGGCGGGCGCGGUAAUAGGAAAGCAUUGCACCCUAACCCCCCACACCGAAGUCCCAGCCGGCGAGGUCAUCCCCGAUUUCACAGUCAUCUAUUCCAACGGAAUGAGGAGGAUAGACAAGCGAGGGGUGGCAGACCUGAAGAACAAGGGGCAGGCGAGGCAGAUUGAUGUGCUGAGGAGGAUGAUACCCACUAAUCCGGCCAAGUUUGCCUGAUUACUUUUUUUUUUGUUGUUAUACAUGAUGAGGUUUUUUUUUCUUUUUACUAGGGUACAAUACCCGUUGUGAUGAUUAUGGAAAUGGAGAAUGCCCGUUCGCAUUCAGCUUCUGUCUUUGGGCGCAUUAUUUUCACGACCUUGAAAGAAACCAAAAAGAAGGCCACCCAAGAGAAGAAAAGACAAGGCAGCCCUGAGUGCGAUGGAAUUGCCCUUUUAUCGAAACGAGCAGUGUUUUGACUCGGCUACUUUUCACGGAGGUCCGGAAGUGGAAUAGAUAAGGUGUAUAGGGCACGACACCACCUCGAUCACUUGG